AUGAAGACCGAUUUCAAGUUCUCGAACUUGCUGGGCACUGUUUACUGCCAGGGCAACCUGCUCUAUAGCCCCGAUGGCACCCAUCUUUUCUCGCCAGUCGGCAACAGAGUGACUGUCUUUAAUCUGGUAGAAAACAAAUCAUACACCCUCCCGUUCGCUCAUCGCAAAAACAUUGCCCGUAUCGGACUUACACCACGCGGCAACCUUCUCCUCUCCAUUGACGAAGAUGGACACGCGAUCUUGACCAAUGUCCCCCGAAGGAUAUCCAUAUACCACUUCUCCUUCCGAUCUUCCGUCACAGCACUAUCAUUCUCGCCAUCCGGUCGACAUUUCGCCGUGGGACUGGGUCGCAAAAUUGAGGUCUGGCACGUCCCCUCAACCCCCGAUGCUUCUGCCGAGGGUGAACUCGAAUUUGCUCCUUUCGUUCGAUACCACACACAUACCGGUCAUUUCGAUACCGUUAGCCACAUUGAGUGGUCCAGCGACUCACGAUUCUUCCUCACAACCUCCAAGGAUCUCACAGCGCGGAUAUGGAGUUUGAACCCUGAGGAGGGUUUCACCCCCACGGUACUCUCAGGCCACAAACAGGCUGUUAUCGGUGCUUGGUUCUCAGAAAAUCAGGAGAUAAUUUACACUGUGAGCAAGGAUGGCGCCGUCUUUGACUGGCAAUAUGUCAAGCCUAUCAACCGUAUUAAGGACGACGAUAAGAUGGAUGAUGACGAUGAUGAUUCAGAUAUGCAAUGGCGCAUUGUCCAACGGCACUACUUCAUGCAGGGAAGCGCUCAUGUGCGAUGUGCCGCUUUCCACCCUGAGACGAAUCUCCUGGUUGCUGGUUUCUCCAACGGUCUGUUUGGCCUGUACGAGAUGCCCGACUUCAACAUGAUACACAAGCUGAGCAUCUCGCAAAACGAUAUCGACUUUGUCACCAUCAACAAAAGUGGCGAGUGGUUGGCGUUUGGUGCGUCCAAGCUGGGACAAUUACUGGUAUGGGAGUGGCAGUCUGAAUCUUACAUCCUUAAACAGCAGGGCCAUUUCGAUGCCAUGAACGCUCUGGUCUACUCACCUGACGGCCAGCGCAUUAUCACCACUGCUGACGACGGAAAGAUUAAGGUCUGGGAUAUCCAGUCAGGCUUCUGUAUAGUUACCUUCACUGAGCAUACUAGCGGCGUUACGGCUUGCGAGUUUGCCAAGAAGGGUAAUGUUCUCUUCACAUCAAGUCUGGAUGGAUCUAUUCGAGCCUGGGAUUUGAUCCGGUAUCGAAACUUCCGAACUUUCACAGCACCCACGAGACUGUCAUUCUCAUGCAUGGCUGUUGACCCCAGCGGCGAAGUCGUAGCUGCUGGAUCUCUCGAUUCCUUCGACAUUCACAUUUGGUCCGUCCAGACAGGCCAGCUUCUUGAUCAGCUAUCAGGCCACGAGGGCCCUGUCUCGUCUCUCGCAUUCACACCCAAUGGUGACUCACUUAUUAGUGGUUCUUGGGACCGCACAGCCCGCAUCUGGUCUAUCUUUAGCCGGACACAGACCAGCGAGCCUCUGCAACUCCAGGCUGAUGUUCUCGAUAUUGCUGUCCGUCCAGAUUCUUUGCAACUUGCCAUCUCAACAUUAGAUGGCCAGCUUACUUUCUGGUCGGUAACAGAUGCAGAGCAAACUUCUGGAGUGGAUGGACGAAGAGAUGUUUCGGGAGGACGAAAACUCACAGAUCGCCGAACCGCGGCCAAUAUGGCUGGCACAAAGAGCUUCAACACAAUCCGAUAUAGCGCUGAUGGCAGCUGUCUCUUGGCUGGCGGAAACAGCAAGUACAUCUGCUUGUACUCCGUAACAACCAUGGUGCUUCUGAAGAAGUACACUGUCAGCGUCAACCUUUCUCUCUCCGGUACCCAGGAAUUCCUCAACAGUAAAUUGUUGACUGAAGCCGGCCCUGCGGGAGACCUCGACGACCAGGAAGCUUCGGACCGUGAAGAUCGCGUGGAUAGUUCGUUGCCAGGAUCAAAACGUGGUGAUCCUUCAGCACGAAGGAAGGUCCCUGAGGUGCGUGUGACAGGUAUUGGUUUCUCACCUGCAGGCACUGCAUUCUGUGCUGCCUCUACGGAGGGUCUCUUGAUCUACAGUUUGGAUCAGGACAUCCAGUUCGACCCUUUUGACCUGAACAUGGAGAUCACCCCUGCCUCAACACUCGCCGUUCUCGAGACAGAGCAAGACUACCUCAAGGCACUUGUCAUGGCCUUCCGCCUCAACGAGGCUGGCCUGAUCAAGCGAGUCUUCCAAGCCAUCCCCUUCGCCGAAAUUCCUCUCGUCGUUGCCGACCUCCCUACCGUUUAUGUUUCUCGUCUUCUCCGCUUCGUCGCCGCCCAAACCGAGGAGUCACCCCACAUUGAGUUCUGUCUCGUCUGGAUCAAGGCUAUCGUUGAUAAGCACGGAGCUUGGCUCUCGGCAAACCGUGCCAAGGCCGAUAUUGAGCUAAGAGUCGUUGCGCGAGCUGUAUCUAAGAUGAGGGAUGAGAUUAGGAGACUUGCUGACGAAAACGUGUACAUGGUUGAUUACUUGUUGGGUCAAGCCGAGGAUAAGUCUGCAAAAAAGGAUGUCAAGACAUUAGAGAGUGGCAAAGCUGUAGAUGUGAAGCUUAUGGAUGUUGAUGGGGAUGAGCAGUCUGAAGCGGGAUCCGAUGAAUGGAUUGGUUUAGAAUAG